CAGAGAAAUGUAAGUAUAUAGCUUCCGGGCAGUCUCAUGACCAAAAAAUAUGGCCCACGUUCUGCGGCCGCCGAUAAGGCUCUGAAGCCUUCCUUCAUGGCGCCGACAUUGCUGAAAUAUGCUUCAAUUUUCCUCGUAUUGACGCUCAAUGCCGUUGCGAACGACCAGGUGCCCUUGAACGCGUCGCCCGUCCUGGGCACGCUUCACAGAUUUUUACGCAACGAGAGCAGGGUAGUCAAUGAACUCCAGCAAUUCGACGUCGAUAUCUGGCAAGCGACGCCUGAGCUCGUCGACAUAUACACCCCCCUCUCAGGGCCGGGCCUACCAGAAGCUCUUCGCGCGAUUCCAAGCACCUCUUCGCCCAUUUACUAUCCAUAUCAGCAACGGCAGGUCGAGCCAUGGAACCUCGCCUCCUUCGAAAACACGACGUUCCACUCCGCGUACCAUCCCCUGUACGAAAUCGACGACUUUGUCUACCAACUGGCAGCAGAACACCCUUCGACGGUGAGCGUCAUUCACCUGGGCCAUUCAGGUGAGGGCAGAGAAAUGCGGGGCCUGAAAAUAUCCAGUGGAUCCACAGGAGUGAAGAAGACGGGAUAUCGAAAGGGGGUGGAUCCCUCGCAAAAGCUCGGGUUCGUCGUUGCAGGUGCUCAACAUGCUAGGGAGUGGGUCGCUACGGCUGCAGCACUGUACAUCGCUCAUGCCCUGGUCGCCACGGCGUCCGAGAAAUACUCCUUGUCACCGCUUCUGGGUACCUACGAUUUCUACAUCAUCCCAGCUCCUAAUCCUGAUGGGUACGACUUCACCUGGGAGAGCGACCGCUUCUGGUAUAAAAACCGUCAAGUCAUGGGUCCUGCUGAAAAAUGUAUUGGAUUAGAUAUGAACAGGAAUUGGGGAUACAAAUGGAAAGCCAAUGCGAUGUACUUCAAGAACCCCGCAACACCUGUUGACCCUUGCUCGCAUUGGUUCCCGGGUCACCGACCGUUUGAAGCCCCAGAAGUGAACAACCUCGCCAACUAUAUCACGACCCUUCCCAACCUUCUCGCGUUUGUCGACUUGCGGAGCUAUGGCCAAAUGAUCUCGUCUCCAUACUCGUACUCGUGCGAACGCGUGCCGAAAGACGCGGAGGAUCAGAUUGAAGCAGCGACUGGCGCAGCGCACGCGUUGAAGCUCGCUCAUGGCACAAAAUUUAAGAUCGCGACCCUCUGCGAGUCUCUAUACCGCGCCCCCGGGAACAUCGUCGACUGGAUGUACGCCCGUGCCCAGAUAAAGUACUCUUAUGCUGUCCAUCUACGCGAUACAGGAACGUACGGCUUUUCGUUACCCCCAGAAUGGAUUCGGCCCGUUGGCGAAGAGACAGGAAAUAUGGUCAAAUACCUCGCCGGUUUUAUUGCAAAACAGUUGAAAAAAAAAAUUGGGUUCGCGUGAUUGAUUGAUGAACCACACUAGACUUUCUUUGGGGUAGUGAUACGAACAGAGUUUAUUCAGAACACCGAACAGGCAAAGCCCGUUCACUGGGGUCUCAUAAACAUUCGGUUUCCUUGCAGCAAACAUGUAGACUCCCUUGGUGCCCUAUCGUUUAACUAAUGUGAAAAAUGUGGUCGUAGAGGUG